GCUCCGCCAUCCACCCGCCGCCGGAAUGUGGACGGCGGUGGCCCAGCCCUGAGGCGGCUGCGCGGCCCGCCGAGCCUUUCUUGCUUGGCUUGCCCCUCCGCUGCGCAGAGAAUUGGCGGUUGAGCCGGGCAGCGGCCGGACUGGAGGCGGCGGCAGAGCGGAGAGAAAGGCUCGGCUGCCAUUGUUAGGCCCUUCCCAACCUUGACCUGGUAUAAAAAUCUUUGGCUUUAGAGUACUUCAAAACCUGCUGAAACUAUCUGAAGGAGGUUCCUGAUGCAUACUCCCAAGCAUUUGAAGACAGUCUGAGUUGUGGCUGCUCCUUCCUUUGUGUUGUCAAUGGGACUUCCAUAGCCAGAAAGUUCCUGUGGCAGGAGGAGAAUACUGAGCUGAGAUGGAAGUCAAAACAUCAUUUAGCAAAGACAGUAGGAUUCCUGAAACUGUAUCCACAUUAAUUAAUGAAGAAUUUGUCCUGGUUCGUCAGCAAUCUGAGGAUACCGCUGGAGAAGAUGAAAAACCUCAGCUGAAGGUAUUUUCAAAUGGAGAUGAUCAGCUGGAGAAAGCAAUGGAAGAGUUACUGAGGGAUUCUGAAAAAGACCAGAACAAUUUCACUGCUCUCCAAGAAGGUUCCAGUGAUGCAAGCAGCCAGGCAGCUCAAUAUGGGUCAGCAGGUCAAACACAUACACCAUCUUUGCACCUUGCUUUAGACCCUUCUACUACAGAAAUCUCUGCACCAAGGCCAUUUUUUCCUGGUGAACCCCUGGAAGAGGACAGUGUAUUGUUUAACAAACUGACUUAUUUAGGUUGCACAAAAGUGUCCGCCCCUCGAAAUGAACCAGAAGCUCUACAUGCCAUGGCAAACAUGAAAUCCUCAAGUCAAGCCUCUUUACCUGUAACACUUUAUGUUCCAAACAUUCCAGAAGGCUCCGUAAGAAUAAUAAAUCAAGCAAGCAACACAGAGAUAGCCUCAUUUCCAAUCUAUAAGGUGUUGUUUUGUGUGCGUGGACAAAAUGGAACUUCAGAAAGUGACUGUUUUGCAUUUACUGAAAGCAGCUGUGGAACAGAGGAGUUCCAGAUUCAUGUUUUUUCCUGUGAGAUUAAAGAGGCAGUCAGCCGAAUUUUAUAUAGUUUCUCAACAGCAUUCAAACGUUCUUGCAAACAAGCAUCUGAUCAUGUUAAGGACUUUCUUCUUCCUACUCCAGAUAGUGAUGUGUACACUUUCAGUGUUUCCUUAGAAGUCAAAGAAGAUGAUGGAAAAGGAAAUUUUAGCCCUGUGCCAAAGGAUAGAGAGAAAUUGUAUUUCAAGCUUAAACAGGGAAUUGAGAAGAAAGUGGUGAUUACAGUUCAGCAACUCUCAAACAAAGAACUGGCCAUUGAAAGAUGCUUUGGGAUGCUGCUAAGCCCUGGACGAAAUGUGAAGAACAGUGACAUGCAUUUACUAGACAUGGAAUCCAUGGGAAAGAGUUCUGAUGGGAAGGCUUAUGUAAUUACUGGAAUGUGGAAUCCUAAUGCACCCAUGUUUCUGGUACUUAAUGAGGAAACUCCUAAAGAUAAGUGUGUAUUCAUGACUGUGGCAGUGGAUAUGGUUGUUACUGAAAUAGUAGAGCCAGUUCGUUUUUUGCUUGAGACUGUUGUGCGUGUAUAUCCUGCCAAUGAACGUUUCUGGUACUUCAGCAGAAAAACCUUCACGGAAACUUUUUAUAUGAAAUUAAAACAGUCUGAAGGAAAGAGCCAUACAAAUGCCGGGGAUGCAAUUUAUGAAGUUGUCAGUCUACAAAGAGAAUCUGCAAGAGAGGAAGAAUUGGUCAGCCCAACAAGUGGAGGAGGGCCUGUAUCAUCCCAGGAGGAUGAGGCAGAAGAAGAGAGUGAUAAUGAACUCUCCAGUGGCACUGGUGAUGUGUCAAAGGAUUGUCCUGAGAAGAUUUUGUAUUCCUGGGGAGAAUUACUGGGGAGAUGGCACAAUAAUCUUGUUGUGAGACCGAAUGGAUUGUCUACUCUGGUGAAAAAUAGUGUUCCAGAAGCACUACGGGCAGAGGUUUGGCAGUUGCUGGCAGGAUGCCAUGACAACCAGGCAAUGCUGGAUAAAUACAGAGUUCUCAUCACAAUGGAUUCUGCUCAAGAGAGUGUCAUUACACGAGAUAUUCAUCGUACAUUUCCAGCACAUGAUUAUUUCAAAGAUACGGAAGGAGAUGGUCAGGCAUCUCUAUACAAAAUCUGUAAGGCAUACUCUGUCUAUGAUGAAGACAUUGGCUACUGCCAGGGACAGUCUUUCCUUGCAGCUGUGCUUCUACUUCAUAUGCCGGAGGAGCAGGCGUUCUGUGUAUUUGUGAAAAUAAUGUAUGACUAUGGCUUGAGGGACCUCUACAGAAAUAACUUUGAAGAUCUCCAUUGCAAAUUUUUCCAGCUGGAGAAGUUAAUGCAGGAGCAGUUACCAGACUUGUAUGGCCAUUUCUCAGACCUCAAUUUGGAAGCUCAUAUGUAUGCCUCCCAGUGGUUCCUCACUCUUUUUACUGCCAAAUUUCCACUCUGCAUGGUCUUCCACAUCAUCGACUUACUACUUUGUGAGGGUAUGAACAUAAUCUUCCAUGUAGCCUUGGCUCUCUUAAAGACCUCAAAAGAGGACCUUCUACAAGCUGAUUUUGAAGGAGCUUUAAAAUUCUUCAGGGUUCAGUUGCCCAAGAGAUACAGAGCUGAAGAGAACGCCAGAAGACUGAUGGAACAAGCCUGCAACAUUAAGGUGCCAACAAAAAAGCUGAAGAAAUAUGAGAGAGAGUACCAAACGAUGCGAGAGAGUCAGCUGCAGCAGGAAGAUCCCAUGGACAGAUACCAGAGGGAAAACCGCAGGCUCCAAGAAGCAAGCAUGCGGCUGGAGCAGGAGAAUGAUGACCUUGCCCAUGAGCUUGUAACAAGCAAAAUUGCCUUACGGAAUGACCUGGACCAGGCUGAAGACAAAGCAGAUGUUUUGAACAAGGAACUUCUCCUGACCAAACAGAAGCUAGUGGAGACUGAGGAGGAGAAACGGAAGCAGGAAGAGGAAACUGCUCAGCUGAAGGAGGUCUUCAGGAAGCAGCUAGAGAAGGCAGAAUCUGAGAUCAAGAAAACCACAGCCAUUAUUGCAGAGUAUAAACAGAUUUGUUCCCAGCUGAGUACCAGGCUGGAAAAACAACAAGCGGCCAGUAAAGAUGAACUGGAAGUUGUGAAGGGUAAAGUGAUGGCCUGCAAACACUGCAGCGAGAUUUUCAGUAAGGAAGGGGCACUGAAGCUGCCUAUUGUAAGCACAGAGAAUAAGGGCAUAGAAAUGGAUGAUGAAAAGGAUGCACUGAAGAAGCAACUGAGGGAGAUGGAGCUGGAACUUGCACAGACCAAACUGCAACUUGUGGAAGCUAAGUGCAAAAUUCAGGAGCUGGAGCACCAGAGAGGAGCCCUUAUGAAUGAAAUCCAAGCUGCCAAAAACUCUUGGUUUAGCAAAACCCUGAACUCUAUCAAAACGGCAACAGGCACACAGCCACCGCAGCAGUCUCAGCCAUCCCUGCCACCAAAAGAGAGCAGUACAUAGUUCCCGACAGACCCCAAACAAGAGCACAAAGAACAACACAACUGAACCCUGGAGGAUUCUUCCAGUGGUCUCUCCUCUUGGAGAAAGGACAAAAGGCAGGAGUGCAGGCUUGAAGUGAAAUUCUUCGGUGUUUUUCAUUCAUUCUGAUGUGACCCUUUUCAAAGGGGGGAAAAAUAAUUCCUGGUUUAUGUUGAAUUCUUACUUCCCAAACUGCCUUGCUGAAAGCCACGUUCUGAUACCUUCAUACUUUUACACUUUAUUUUAUAUGACUAGAUGUUAAAUAAAUACUUCAAAACUAGGUCUUUAAUACAUGACUAAUUAUUCAAAAUUAUUUUUAUCUUAAAUAGAAGGUUUUUUCUUCUGGAGGAAGAGAGAGAAUGGAAAGUGUAAAGUACUGAAGCAUAAUCUCUUCAUAGAAAGCACAGUGUAAUAAGCACCAGUGUGUGUGCGGGUGUCUUAGGAUAGCUUACGCCCUGGAACCAUCUCAGAAGUUUAUCGCAGUGACUGUGUCCUGCAGAGAAGCACUUUUUGUAAAGCUUAGGCCAUAGCAAAGAUAGUCUUGUGCUCUCUUGGCACAAUUGUUUCUGAGCUUCCCUGAUAAGUUCUUAGUUCUGGUUGGUUUUUUCAUCAGAAAUGCAAGUAGUGCAGUUCCUUGUAGCACUGUUAUGUGAAGGCUAUUGACAACUGAACUGGAAUUUAACAUGAAGUUAUUUAGUUCCCUUUUCAUUUUUAGUUUAUACUACAAUUUGCAAGAAAUAAUUCUUUCCACUGGGAUAAAGGGAAAAUUGUUCAGUGUUUGAUUUUUUUUGCCCUGAAGCAGAGUGAAGACCUUGCAUAGCUUAGACCUUUUGUAUAUCCUGUGCAAUAAGGGGUAGGUUUUAUGAAUAACAGUAAUGAAAACCUUUCCCUGGGUCUAUAUUGAAAUUCUGAAUUUGACACAGAAAUGAGGUCUCAAAAAAAAAAUACCCCAAAAUGUUUAUGCUGCACUGAUGAGACACCACAGUGUCAAGAUCUGUUUGCUACUUAGGAAAUGCUAUGUUGGUAUUACUUAUUUUUAUAAACACAAACAUUUUCAAGUGGAAUACAAAACCUAGACUUUCCCAUGGGGUAGACUUCUCUGAUGAUUCCCAAACUUGCCUGGUUGUUUUUUAUCUCUUAAGGUAAGAAAAUCCAAAAGCAUUUGUUUUGACUGAACAUAAAGUGUUUAUAGAAAUACUUAUUACAUGUAAAAUUAAACUAUUGCUUGAACUGAUGGAGUAUUUUUUUAAUUAUAUCUGUCAUGUCUAAAGAAGUUCUUGCAGGUGAAUACCGCUGCUCGACUAAAGGUUGUGUAUUAAUUGUUCCAUUUACAAAAUUGUUCCAGGGACAUUAGUUCUGUUUUUCUUUUUAUUAAUUCUAAGUAAUGCCAUAUCUUGUCAGUUUUGUCCAAUAAAAUUUAAUAAUACCCAU